AAAGCAUUAGAGCAUGAGAGUGUUAAUGACCAUCUCGAGCCAUCUCGCCCAGGCGCACCGCUCGCUCGAGGAGCUCAAGCUGCGCAACGAGCGGAACCGGAUCAUGCGGCUCGAGGUGCUGCUGCAGAUGGGCUCCCUCUCGCUCGCCCUCGCCGCCGUCUCCGGCGGUUUCUUCGGCAUGAACCUGCACUCCGGCGUGGAGGAGGUGCCGCACCUGCUCUGGCUCGUGGCGGGCGGCACCGCCGGCGCGUCGACGCUGCUGCUGCGCGCCUUCCUCCGCUCGGCGCGCGCGCCUCCCCGCCCGCUGGCCUCAUCCACGGCACGACCACGGCACGGCCGGAGCACGCCCCGCUUACUCGCCGGAGAAGAGACCGUACGCGCAGGAGGAGAAGCUGCUCGCCAACGGGGCGAGCUCGCGCCGCCCUCGCAGAGCUUCGGCGAGGGCGGGAACGGCGGCGCGGCGGCGCCCGUCUCGCGCGCGCGGCUCGCAAAGGCGCUCGCGGCGACGGGUGCCACCCUGGACGAGCCGCAGCUGCGCGCGCUGCACCACCUUCUCGCCGAGGACGAGGACCAGGUGUACGACGUGCUCACCCGGCCACGCGGGGGCGAAGAGGGGCGCGGCGUGGGGCCGUAGAGCGCUCGCAUCGCGCGUGCGUAUAUAGGGAUGUAGCCUCUCGCGUUGGCACGCUGUACAAAAGGGCGGGCUUGGAGAGAGAGGAGAGAAAACGGUUCAGUUCUC